AUGUCACAACUUUUAAACUUAUCACAAUUUGCCAACUUAUCCGAUAGGUUCAGUGUCGAAAGAUUAAAAUCAGAUUUUGCAUCAUUACAAUCAACAGUUUCCAAAUUACGUCCACCACAAGAGUUUUUCGACUUUAGACGUAUUUCCAAACCAGCCAAUUUUGGUGAAAUUCAACAACGUGUUUCAUACAAUUUGGGUUAUUUUUCAGCAAACUAUUUGACCUUUGUUGCAUGUUUGAGCAUUUAUGCAUUGGUUACUAAUUUACUCUUGUUGUUUGUGUUGGGGUUUGGUAUUUUGGGAGUUUGGGCCAUUAAUCGAUUAAAUGGCGAGGAUUUGGUGACUCCCUUUGGUAGAUUAAAUACGUCACAGUUGUAUACUGGGUUAUUGAUUGUUACUGUUCCAUUGGGAUUUUUAGCUAGUCCUGUUUCUACUUUAAUGUGGUUGAUUGGACUGAGUAUUGUUGGAGUUGGAGCUCAUGCUUCGUUUAUGGAAAAACCAAUUGAAACUGUGUUUGAAGAUGAAGGAAUUGUUUAA